AUGUCCAUCUUCGGGAAGAUAAAGGAAUGGCUCCCUUCAUGGAGCGUUAGUUCUCGUGGGUCCCCUAGACUCGAGGACUACUCAACCUCCUUCCCCUCAUCCGACCUGUCUAGCUCUUUCGUAACAACUAAUCGACGUGCUCUGCGACAAAAAGCGAGGGCUGUGACACCUACUCCUCCGUCCACGAAGGCUAUCCUUAAGCAGCCUCUCAGAAAAGGCAACACAACUCCGAGUCCUCGUUCCUCUAUUUCAGAGCUUGAGGAGCACCAAAAGGCAACCAGAACACCUCUUUAUAGUGCCACGCGGGCCCUUAGCGAGGAAGGUACGCUAUUCAAGCCACCUUCAGCAGCGAGAGUAUUCGAAAAGUCCGAGCACUACGAACAGAUCAUCAAUCUCUCAUCCUACAAUUCUACACAGGCUAUCGCUAACACUGUAGCCAACACAGUCAACUUCUCUCGAGUCACCAACAUUCAGUAUUGUGAACGCACUGUAAAUACACUUAUUUACAGUCCUGGACAAGCCACGAUGAGUAAGAGGAAGAAGGACAGACCCGAUGAGGAGAAUAAAAGUCGACGUAAAAAGAAGAAGAGCAGCCCCGAAUUGGCGGAUGAUCAGAGCAGCAAAUCUGAAAAGAAGAAAGAGCGAAAGAUGAAGCGAAAGAGGGAGGAAGAGGAUCUUCAGAAGGACCAACCACAGGCCACUUUAACAGCAGAAGAGGGAACUUCAAAGACCCGAAACAAGAAAAGCAAGAAAGACAAGAAAAAGACAACGAAGAAUAAAAAAGCCAAAAAAUCAAAUGACAAGAUUCCUUACUUCUAUGGACACUAUACCAGUGAGGAGGAGGAGGAAAACGACGACGGGGGUGAAGACGAAGAUGAAAACAAUUCUAGUGAUAACGAUGAGUUUGGAGUCUACCAGGGACAGCGAGAUUAUUAUCCAUCAGGGAAAAGCGAAGAUCUCAGCAGUGUCAGUGACGAACCAAGUGAUGACCAGGAUGGUGAGGUUAGGCAAAGUGAUUUUGAGGAGGAAAGUGAAGGCGACGAAUAUGAAAUUUCUCGCGGGGAACGAAACGAUCUGCUCAACGAGCUUACCCGAGAACGAGGCAAGCAAUUGAUUGAGAGUAUGGAAAUUCCAAACGACCCUAGCAUCGCAGAAGAGCAGAUGAAGUUAUUUCGGACAAUCGGUACUCGGGGUUGUGAGCCUAUCAUUUCUGAAUUUUGGGCUACUGAUUUCCCGACCUUACCCAAGGCACUGUUUACUCAAGAAACCCCUCGAUCCACACCAAGUCAAUCUGAAGAAUGUUUACCUUUUGAGCCAUUAUGGGGCUCGGAGUUUUAUGCCAUCAAAGCACUUCAAGAGGUUUUUGCAUUGGGUGGACGUGUCCGGGAUUCUACACUUUUAACUGUCAGUCCUCAAGUCGCAAUUGAAAGGACUAUUCGCAAGUAUAUGCGGUGGGCUAUGUACACAGCGGGCUUGGAGGAGAUGGAUUCAACGAUUCCUGUUCAUGCAGUUUGCUGUCAACAAAAAGGCGAAGAUCUUCUCAAAACUCUCACCAGGGCCUCGCAGAGACUGGAAAGAUUAGCUUUACGUCACCAGGAGGCACACAAGAAGCUAAUAUCAAGUCAACAUAACUGGCCAGUGCUUGUGGCAUUUGUUGCGAUUGGACCUAUCCUUUGUCUUAUUUCCCGAGAUACCGAUCCUAACACUUUGAAAAGUUCUGCUUCCUUAGUCGAGGAUUCAGAUAUCGAUACACGAAUCAAAUUUAUGACCCAUAUUGAUCUUUCUGAGACAACUCAGGAUGUUUGGAACUCUUUGGCUGUUGCGCUUUGUGUGUGUCAUGCUAGAGAUACUGCGAAUCGUCUUACUGUCAACUUUACUGGCAGUCCUUAUGUGCAUCGGCUGCGUGGGGAGAAUGAUACAUGUAGUAUCAAUAUCGACGAAGAUUUGUGA